UUGUCAAAUCAUUCAAAUUUCAAAUGAGGUUAGAAAAAAAUUAAAUAUGAAUUGAUUAAAUAGUAAAAUAGAACUUUUCACAAUCCCCAUAGCAGGCCGUAAUGUUCAGAGACAAAUUAUUUCGAAUUUUUAGAAAUGCCUAUCGCUUAAACAGUCUCAAAGUUGGUGUAAAAAUACGAAAUAUAGCGCCGGUAACAUUGGGUUUACUUACCACAGUUUCAUGCGAAGAACACUUGCACAGAACAGAUGCAACCUGGGAGCCGGACACUUUGGAACACGAGUUUCUGAUCCGACAGGCUACUACUGUCAGUGUGAAUGCUGCUACACAAUUGCUAACAGUAACUUUAGUCGCAGUCCAAGACACUAGCGAAAGAUUAAGAGAUGCACUGACGAAGGAAAUAUGUCUGGUGAAACAAGCACUUGAAUGGGGAGAUGAGGGCACACCGCCACACCAUUGGGAUCAGUUGGUGGCCAUCCGGGGUUCCCUGUGUGACCUUAAGCACAACCUGAGAACUCUCUUCAGUUACAUGGAUUAUGCUGAAAAGUUAGCCACAACAGCAGCUGAAAUAUCUUACCUCUCUGGAAACAUAGCAGCCUCUGAUGCCAUUUGCGAAAGAAUUGAUCAUGCUUGCAGGGCGUGUAACACUCAGAAGCAAUUGACUCACGAGUUGCAACAGGAGAGCUUGGAGUUGCAACAGCAAGCUAUCAUCAAUGCACCACAUCUCGAGGACAAACUGAAAACGAAGGAAGAUGUCAAACAAUCUGUCAUUAAAUAGACAUUUUUUUUAUGUAACAGUAUUGGAUAAAAAAUUAUUGUAAAUAUUAUAGACAUGUUGCUAUUAAAAUACUGAAUACAU